AUGGCAAGUUACGAAUCCAAACAGCUGUAUGGAGGCGCAAUCGCUGUGGACUUACCAAAGUCUGUGAUUGACGCCUCUGAUUUUAGACAGAUCCCAGAUACCCAGGAGGUGUUUCUUGCUGGCGAAGGUUCGUCUUUGGGACAGGACGAUGCUGUGAUUUUUGAUCUGCUUGAGGCGGUUUCUGUUCCUGACUCCGAGGCAGCAAACUACCAUUUGCAAGAGCUGGCAAAACUCAACGGAGACCAACAGGCCAAGGUGCUCGAAUCGGAACAGAUUGCACUGCCCAAUUUCCCGGGAGACCCAGUGUAUUUGCUGGUUGGGUCUCAGGAGGCCAAGAAAUGGGGCAGGGACUCGACAGAUCUGCACGUAGUUUUAGCACUUGUUCGUUUACGCAAGGUGCAAACCGAUCUGCUGGUGACGCUGAAUCUGCCCGGGGCGGCCGGAUUCGAACGGACCCCGGCCGCGAAAUCGGUGGUGCGUCGCGCUCUCGAGUCGCUAAAAAUCGUCAACUGGGGUCUUUUCGGUUAG